AGUGAACACUUCUUCUUUCCUAAUUCUCCUUCAAAUGCUCUGGUGUCCAUUAAUAUACAGUUCUACUUAUAUAUAACCCAUCUGAUACAAAAACCCUACUCUUCUCUUUCCUUUAUUUCUGUGCAGUAGUUCAUGGAGAAGUUUACACAAUAAAAGUGAAGAUUUAUCAUCUCUCUCUCUCUCUCUCUCUCUCUCUCUCUCUCUCUCUCUCUUUGUGUUUAUAUUAGUAUCCAUUGUACUCAUUAGUGCAUCAUUGCUGCAUCUCCUUAAGUUUCUCAACACAAAAUGCGUACUCAUUCUCCUUCCCUUCUCAAACACCCAAGAUCACUGGCCAUUGCACUCUCUCUCUUUCUGCUCCUCCUGUGCAGCUGCUACUGCAAUAUCUCUCUCUUUUCAGCUUUUCUCACACUGCUAGUCUUGUCCUUCUCUACCUGCUCACUGUCCCUCUUCUCCGAGCUUCGACGGCUUCGCGAGACCGAAUCUGCGGCGAAGCCACCUUCUUCAGAGCAAGAAGAAGAAGAGAAGGGAGAAAAGGAGAGUUCGAAGAAGUCGGCGUCAGAGACCGGCCACCUAACGCGAAGCCUCGACGAGUCUUCGAAGGAGGACGCAAUCUCAGAUGAUGAUGAUGAUGAUGAUGAUGAUGAUGAUGAGAGCCUCAUAGAGAUUGCUCUUCCUGAAGGGAGCUAUGCAGGUGAUGAUGGAGAUGGGCCUGAUCUCUCCGAAUUCUCGCCGGAGUCGGUGUUGAAGCAGAAUGGUUUAAUGGAUCAGCUCUUAGCAGAGAUCAGUGAGGAGGAUAACUUGAUUGAGAUAGACAUAGCCAGGGGCUCAAUCAAAUGCUCAAGGUUGGGUAUAUAAAGGCAUAAAAUGAUCAAUAAGAAGGCUCUCUCUCUCUCUCUCUCUCUCUCUCUCUCUCUCUCUCUCUC